AUGCCGAUAUCUUCUGUCAGUUCAACUUCCUCCAUAGGCAUGAUGAAGCAUUUUCCACAGAACCCGUCAAGAAUACUGGAAAAGAUCACAGUGACCACAACCAAAUCAUUCUUGGAAUACAUCAAGAGCCAGCCAAUAGUUUUCGAAGUAUUUGGGCAUUACCAGCAACAUCCCUUGCACAAAGAUGCCAAACUGGAAGGUAGUGGUGUUAGGCAACCACCAAGGAGAAUGCUACCUCCAUCAAUACCGAUUUCUCAACCAGUUAGAUCCAGCAAAUUUGGUGCUUUGCCAUCUCCUUGCACUGCACACAUACAUGCAAAGAAUACGUCCCUGUGGUGGUUGAACAUAGCGAUGAUUUACCUUGCAGAGGUUUAUUCCUGCUACAUCAGGGUAUCCAACGCCGAAUUCGAAUAACGAUAGUCCACGACCAAGAAGCAGAGAUAAAAUGGCGUGACGUACGGGAGCUAGUCGUGGGGAGGAUAAGAAAUUCUCCAGAAUCUGACGAAGACGAGGAUAACGACAACUCUGUGCUGUCUCUUGGACUGUUCCCAGGAGAGUAUUUGGAGAUCCCUGGGGAUGACAGGGUGAUGUUCAGAUUCGAAGCGGCAUGGGACAGUUCGCUACAUAACUCGCCUUUGUUGAACAGAGUGUCAUCGCAGGGAGAGCAGAUCUUCAUGACAAUCUCUGCAUACUUGGAGCUGGAAAACUGUGGUAGGCCCGCCAUCAUAACCAAGGAUCUGAGCCUGGUAAUCUACGGUCGAGACGCCAGGACUGGCCCCAGGUCCCUAAAGCAUCUUUUCUCCGGCAGUUAUAGGAACGCCGAGGCUAACCGUUUAUCAGGAGUUUAUGAGUUACUUCUUCGUCGUGCUAGUGAAGCAGGAGUCCAGAGGCGCCAGCGAAGGGUCCUGGACACUAGCUCCACCUAUGUCAGAGGUGAAGAGAAUCUCCAUGGCUGGAGACCAAGAGGCGACUCCCUCAUCUUCGAUCACCAAUGGGAGUUGGAGAAGUUGACGCGAUUGGAAGAAGUCGAGAAAGUAAGACACACCUUGCUGUUGAGGGAAAGACUCGGAUUGGACAGAACGCUCAACUACAACCGAUACCACUUGGAUUAUACGAAGAACGAAAAAGAAGUUUGCAAUAUGGUGGCUAAAAACAAUAACAUAAAUGCUAAUGUAACCGUCGACAACUCAUAUGACUACUCAGAUCGCGAGAAGCAACUCCUCCUGAAAUGCGUCAGGUUGAUUCAAGGUCGCCACCGAGGGGGAGAUUCUGCUACGAACAAUAACAACAAAGAUAAUGAGAUAGCCAGUCCUUCAGAAGAGAUCACUGAAAUGAGUACUAGCCUCAUGUCCAGCAUCAUGUCCAGUAACUCAAUGGAACUGUGCUCUCCAGAAAGGUCUGCCGCACUUCCUGGAGAAUGCGCCUCAUUCCCACAAAUCCCGAUGGCUCCAAUGGGCCCCAGAGAUCCUGAGCUCGUCCUCUACGUACCCGAUAUGGAAGAGAUAAGAAUUUCUCCCGUUAUAGCGCGUAAAGGGUAUCUCAACGUUCUGGAACACAAGACACACGGUUGGAAGAAAAGAUGGGUGGCUGUUCGUCGACCUUACGUCUUCAUCUUCAGGGACGAGAAGGAUCCUGUUGAAAGGGCUUUGAUUAACCUAGCAACGGCUCAAGUAGAAUACUCCGAAGAUCAGUUGUCUGCAGUUCGUCUACCUAACACGUUCAGUGUAGUUAGCAAACAUAAGGGAUACCUUUUGCAGACACUACAGGAGAAAGACGUUCACGACUGGCUAUACGCGAUCAACCCUCUGCUAGCCGGCCAGAUCAGAUCGAAAUCUGCACGUCGCAACCCGCAACAAGAGAACAGCACCACCACCACCCCAACCAAUGCCACCCCUAAAGAGGUAACCGUCAAUCUCAAAUGAGAUUUGAUCACCAUGGAAUCCGUGCUGGUCUAUUAGUAAGCUUCAAUGUACUGUCGUAUUACUCAUCGUAUUUUAAACGAACAGGGCUGUGAUUCGUUCUGUGAAAUACCGAGAGACGUCGGGCUUGUCAAGAACGAGCGCAGGCUUGUACAUUUUGGAUUUCAUCAAGGUAUUGCGGAUAGUCGAAAUUAAAGCAGUUUUUUGAUCGGAAAAUGAUUUGGUAUUCAUUUGGGAGCUGUGUUACUUGAAUCGCUGCUGAAAACACUAUGCGCUCAUACGGGAUGUAACUUUUCGUGCUCAUGUAUAGGUUAUGUUGAUGGUCUCUAAUAUUUUUUUAAAAAUGCUGUUACAAUGAAAAAUCAAUCCAGAUGCUGCACUAUGGCUCUAUGCUAAAGGAAGGAAAUACAGUUUCAUGAUAGAGGGUCAUAGGCAUUGCUGAUAUGAUUAGACAUGUCUUCAAGAAUAUUUCAUUUGAGUGCAGGCUUCAUUCGAAUGUAGACGUUGUCAAUAGAGUAACGUCAACAAAAAAGCAUCGCGCAGGCUCAUGUUAUACGAUUCCUUGGUGUUACCUUGGUCUAACUAUAACCAAUGUUAAUAUACAUACCUUCAAUAUAAUCUAUAGAAUCUUGUGCUUUUUUAUAGCUCCACAUUCUUAAUAUUUCAUAUAUUCAUACUAUGGUGAAUUGCAGCUUUGUAGAUUGAAGAAGAAAUGAAAUGCGUUUACCUUUGUUGGUCUGUAAUGAUGUCUCAAAACUUGAUAGUUCGUUGCAUCUUUGUGAAAUCCAAACCUAGCGUUAUAUUUUUUGUAUAAAAAAGAAGAUAUAAAUGGCAUUUUUGGAGAGUUAUCGGAGGACAUUGAAGGUUGUGAUUCAUUUUGUCCAAACAGAGAAUGUCCAUUUAUUGCGAAAACUUCAAAUUUCUAAUUUUCUCGAAAAUAUUUUAUAAAGGUUAUGUUGCUGUUUUGUCACAUAGAAGGCAAUGUAACACAAUAAGACACACACGUAUUGCAUUUCUGUUUUGAAGACCAUCUAAUCCUCAUCGUAAGUAGUUACAUUUUAGAUGUGCAUGUGCAUAUGAGCGUACGCUGGUAUGAAAUACUUCACUUUUUUUGGAAAAUCAAUUGCCAGUGUUCAUAAUAGCAAUUCAUACGGUCAUUUAAAGAGUUUAGGUUAGAAGCUUUUGUGGUAUCAUAGAAUGGACAUUCUUCUUACAUUUUUAUUACGCGGAUUCCAAUUUCGUUUUUAUACGCUAUAAAGGGUAAUAAGUUAUUACAAGUGAUUAAUUUUCUAGUCAGUUUUGUUGAUAAGCGUAGAUUUAUUUAUAAUCUAGUUUAACUGAUAUGAAAGUGAUAUUUGGGAACGUAUAGAAUUUUAGAAAAAAAAAGAUAUAUUUGACGAAGGCUAGAAUCAUGGUGAGAAUGGUGGUUGAGUCAUGAAAAAAUGCAAGAAGCUAAGAGUGUUUUACUAAAGCGCUUAAGGUUUCCUCACACGUAGCGGUUUAUGGUAAAGAUCGCACUGAAUGAAGGGAAAAGACAUUAAGGUAGCUGAAAUUGACUGGCAAGACUAUUUUAUGUAGAGGGAGAUCUAAGUUUAUAGACCAAAACUAUAAUGAUGCGCCAACAUAACGCUACGUGUGUGGAAGAGCUUUAGGUUGUGUAAGAUUGGCAUAAAGUCAAAAUUUUGCUCAGAUGUCAAGGGAUGUUCCUACAUUUUUUCAGGGCUGGCCAGUUGUGAGAUAAUUGUUGAAAGCACUUGAGUAUUAAUCUUAGGUUUUUUGGAGAUCUCAAUGUUUUCAGAGAUGUUAAAGGAUGCUUAUAUUUAUCAUUGUAAUGAAAAUAUAUGUACCAAUUUAAAAAUUCACCUAUUAAAAAAUCUUCUCUUAACGAUAGGGCCUCAUUUUUUAAAGUGCAAUAUCCCGUAACUAUUACAUUUAUGACAUGUAACAUAACGAUUUUUUUGUUUUUGGCACAGUAAGUGUUGAUGUACAGGGUGUUCUUAUACUUUCCGUAUUUUAGGGGCGCUGAACUAUGGGAUUUUAUGCGCGAUUGUAACUUCACUAUUACUGGAUCAGUUGGACAAUACAAAUUACAAAGACGUUUCCAUAAAUACAAAGCUGAAGCUCAAACUAAAUGUCAUACGACAUUUUGGUAGUGAGGAUUUAUGAUUUUAUACCUCAAGAUGGAUCUGAUGGUAGCUAGAGAAAUAAGUGUAUGAUUCGAUAUUGAUUGCAUUAUGCUUUGACAGAUAUAAUUAGAUUUAAGUUACCUGCAAUCCGACAAUCAGAAGCUGUGAGUGACGGGUUGCCAACCUUACACUUAAAUCUAGUUGGAUUUGUCGAAAUUUCCAUUUCGUUACGACAUAUAUUUCUUGCUUUAGCAGAAAAGUCACUUAAAUUAUUUUCAUACAAGUUUGUUUUCCUACAAUAGUUUCAGAAAUCCUCCGCAAGGUCGCUGUAGCAAAUACUAGUUUCGCUUUAUCAGUCAGAAAGUCAAGCAUUAAAGUCAAUUUUAUAUUAGAAAAGAUCUAUGGAAAAUGAUUCAUGUGGAAAUACUGAUGUAUUAAGAGGUGACACUAGUACAGUUUGUCAGUUCCAGCUUAUGCAUUGUAGUCUAAUCAUAUUAGACGAAAAUACCCCUGGUUUGCGAAAUAAUUGUCAAGUCUGGUUUUAUUGACGCAAGUUGUUCAAGGGGGUAUUCAAAACAUUGACUCAUAAAACGGGUACAGCAAUUUUUGUGGUCUCAUUCUGUAGGUCUCAUAAAUACCUGAAAAUAUUAUUUGAAGAGUUUUCUCGUUCCUGUCAACACUUUCUCAUUCGUUGUUGUCGAAAAAAAAAGUUUUUCUACAAAAAUUGGUGUACCCAUUUUAAGAGUCCAUGUUUUAAAUACCCGCUUGAACAUCAAUAAAACCAGACUUAACAAUUAUUUCGGGGAAAUUUGCUAAUAUGAUUAGACUAUUGAACGCACAGACGAAAGGGUGAGAACGUGGAUACCGAAAGAAUCGGUUACUUAUAACCGACUGGUUUUGCCAAACUGUCCUUGUCAUCAAUUUAGACUUACAUCUUGCCAUGCUCCAGAAGUAGAAUCAACAAAUAUAGACAGAAAUAGAAAAGUUGUAAUACCGCAUAUAAAAUACCUAGCUUUUCGCCACUCCUUAUGCCAUUACGUUUUUACCUUUUGUGUUCUACCUUCCAGGUAUUAAUUCAGCCUGUGGAUUUCCUAGUAACAUUCCGUUUCCGAGUACUUUUAUGUUAAGCACAACUUUCGUACGAAAUCUGAUACGUAGAUCUGGCGUUUGUAAGUGGUGGCUUACAUUAAUGACCAUGUGACUGACUUCAGUGUACAUGAGAUAUAAAGCCAUAGGACCAGCCGUAUAAUACAUGUUAAUUCACAGAGAUCUUUACAAAACGCCCCACUCAUCAGAAUAUAUAGUGCUUUUCAGAAAGGUCUUGAAUAAGGGCCGUAUCGUUAGUCGUUUCCACAAUAAAUUGUGGGAUCCCUUUAUGGCAUCCUUGAUUUCCAUAGUUUUCUACUGUUCCGUGUCAGCGCCCGAUUUUGAGGUUAUAUCACAAAUAUCUGUUUGCAUCAAAUUGUUCAUGAUUUUGAUCCGUAUCAUCUGUUUCGUCAGCCUGAAAGUUCCUACGAUUCAAAAAAAAAAACAUAACUUCACUAUAGAAGAGCGCUGACGCUGACACGGAACAGCAAAGAUGUAGAAAUACCUCAGCCUUUCUAAAGGAGAGAAAAGAUUAUAAAAAUCAAGGAAGCCAUAAAGGUGUCCUACAAUAUUGUAGGAAGCACUGACGAUACGGCCCUAAGUCAAGCGAAGAGAACUGAAAUUCUGGAUGACAUUGACGCAUAAGUACUGUAUUUUAAAAUAACAGUUUAACAUUCCAAGAUGGCGGCUUGGGGCCAAAAUGGGGGCGGGGGUGAUGCCUUAUUUUGAAGCUGCUUAUUUAUAACCCUAAAAUAUAAAAUCAAUGUCUUUCAAAAGCAAAGUUGAAUCGCUUAAAAUUCAAGAACUAAUCAACAAAAUGUUAUAGUAAGUUAUAUGAAUCUGAAUGUGCAAAAAAUAUAAGACAUCAUUAAAAAAAAUUACGGAUUCAAACAUUUUUUUAAUGAAAUAUUCAGUAUUUUAUUACACAUUCGGAUAGACCCUUCCAAGAAAAGGAGAUUGAUAUUGAUUGAUAAUUGGUUGUUGAGUAAUAAGCGAUGUAGAAUUACGCUCAACCUCGCCAGCCUACCAGAUCGCCAUUUUAAAACACAGUGAGUUUAUAUGCUAGGCUUAUGAAGUACUUAAGGACCUUCAAAAUGAGGUACCACAUGACCCCUCAUUUCAUUUAAAAAAUAUUCCAAAAUAGAGCCCAGAUGUCAACUUGUAAGUUUUAAAGUGCUACUUUCACGCUAAAACAUAGUAUUCAUGCAUCUAUUUCAUUACCUCGAAUUUCACCUUUCUAAAUCGACCGGUUCAAAAGGGAAGUAUUUGAGAAGCACUGUAUGUGGUUUGUUCGCACAGUAGUCGGUAACAUAUCGUAGCGUUAUAUGUACUAGUUACAGGUUAUUGUACGAACUAACCCAACAGUUACUCGGAACUCAUGCAAUCACUGAAAGUGACUGCGUUUAUACGUACAAACAUUGUAAUAUAAAUCGAAACUGCGCGACACUGUUGAUCUGCUGUUUCAGUUUUCCAUCUCCGUACACCUCAGAAUUUUUUAUGCCUUCAUUUAUUUUAAAAAUUUUACCUAAAGGAUUUUGAGGUGUAAGUGUAAACGUAGUCAUUUUUGCGAUUGUUCAGUUCUGAUAAAUACGAGUAUCAGCUAUAUUUUUUUGGUACUAACAAACAGAAUGUUCAAGAUGCUAAAGAAAUUGUUGGCUACCUGUGGCUUUCUAACUCAUACGGUUUUUCAGUUAUUUUGCAAAAACGUUGUAGUAAAAUCAAUUGAUCGUUCCCCCAUUUGUUGUAGGUGCUUGUUAAUUGAAAUUUCAUAUAUGUUUAUUUUUAUAGUCGUUACUUUUCUCCCUUACUAUACACAUCUGCUAUGCUUUAUUAUAAGCUAUGAAUGUAUAAAAAUAUGUACUACAUACUAUUAAAAAGAAAUAAG